UUUCUAUCUGAAACCGUCAUGUCUGCUGCAUCCGCCUUCCCGUCUGUCAAAGCCCUCGCGAGUACAUCGAGGAACGCCCUGCGUCACCGCUCUAAGCUCCCGUUGUCCCUUCGUGCUUCCCGGAGAGAAUCGUCGGCGACUGCAUCUUGCCUCGCUAACCUACACCAUGGCACAACCCUGGCAACGUUCUCUCCAACACAUCCGGCAAGAAAGUUGUCCAGUAUGGAGAGACCACUGCACUACCGGUCUAUGUUCAUCCAAACAGAGACCACGCCGAAUGAGGACUCGCUCAAAUUCAUUCCUGGGGUACCUGUCAUGGAUGAUGGCACAGCAGAAUUUCUUGAUGUAAAAUCUGCUCUCAAGUCGCCGUUGGCUAUACGGCUUAUGGGCAUCGAGGGUGUCAACACCGUAUUCUAUGGACCAGACUUCGUCACGGUCUCAAAAGAUUCAGAGACGUCGUGGUCAGUCAUCAAGCCGGAAAUAUACUCCAUUCUCAUGGAAUUCUUCUCAUCUGGCCAACCACUGUUCCGCUCGGAAGAGGACCGCGAGGCUGCAGGCCCUCAGGACACGCGGAUACUCGACACAGACUCGGAGACGGUCGCGAUGAUUAAGGAGCUCCUUGAGACCCGCGUGCGACCGGCGAUCAUGGAGGACGGUGGGGAUAUCGAGUUUAGAGGGUUCACAGACGAUGGCCACGUGCAGGUGAAGUUGAAAGGUAGUUGCAGAGGGUGCGAUUCGAGUACGGUCACACUGAAGAGCGGCAUUGAGCGGAUGCUCAUGCAUUAUAUCCCUGAGGUCAAGGGUGUUGAGCAGGUCCUUGAUCAAGAGGAAACCAUCGCACUGGAUGAGUUCCAGAAGCUAGAACAACGCCUAUCUCGAGAACACGGGCAGACUGAUUCGAAGAAGGACCCAAGUAUGGCGCAAUACAUGUCUGUAUAAAUAGAUUUGUACGAUACUACCCGCUACAGCGACAUCCUAAUAUCCGCACACCGUCUUGUGUCUUCGGGCUAUCUCUAGGACUAGUGUGGCUCAGAUUGCAACACUGCAGAGGUGUACAGUUUGGAUAAAGCCAAUGGCAGCUACACGAUUGCGCAGUGUGGCCCAUCUAGUCUAAUCUAAUCUAAUCCGUUAUGCUUCAACUUCGUG